UGUGUGAGCGCGAAAUAGUUUUGGGCCUGCGGGGCAACCGUAGCGGACGAGACCAUGGCGCUGAGUUCGGAGCCCUUGUCGGAGCGGUCCGUGCAGCUGGCGGUAUUAUUGGCCUUCGCUUCGGGAGUGCUGGUGGGCUGGCAGGCGAACAGAGUACGAAGGCGUUACCUGGACUGGCGGAAGCGGCGGCUGCAGGACCAACUGUUGGCCACGCAGAAGAAGCUGGACUUGGCCUGAGCCGACACAGAUAGAAGCCAUGAGAAGUGCUUGAAUCAUGUCCUACUUCAACUCUAUUAUUGGACAAUACAGUUCUUGUACAAGUUUGUUCUGAAAACACAUUGAUUGAGUUAAACUUAUCUCAAUCAGACUGACACUUGCAAAAAUGGUAAAUAUAAAUAGAAGGAAGUCAUCUAAAAAAGUGUUGGAACAGUGUUCCUUUAUAUUUGCUUUUGAUUGUGUUAACUCGCCGUGUCAAGUUUGGAAGAAAGGAUUUAUUUCCUUGUGUGACACUUGAUGAACUUUGAUGAUGGAAUCUUGCUGAAUCUGACUGAAUAAAGGCUUAUUUUAAGAAA